GUGAAUGUCGUUGCUGUGAAACAAGUGCAAUGUGUUUUAUCAUGGAAAAAUCGAUAAUUUAACACGAAUAAAGUUUUUUUGUAUGGAGAAAAUGGAAAAUAUAUUAUUUUUUAAUUUUAUUUAAAUAUUCUAUACAUAAUUCGACUUCCCUUUUGUGAUUUGAAGUUUUUUCCUUCACUCUCUUGUUUCUCUUGUUUUUGAGCAUUUCGUACGUAAAACCGACACGUGCAUACGAGUCAGACGAUUUAUUGCAGCUCCUGUGCUAUAGAGAGACAGACAGAGAGAGAGAGAGAGUGGAGUCAGAGUGUUUUUAAUGUGUCUUCGACUCGGGAAAAGUAGGCAGAUUGUGAGUUUUUAUUGUUGUGGAUGGUUGGCGAGUGAAUUUUUGCUCGCAUUAAACAAAUGCCACGGCAGAAAAGUGAUGGUUUUUAGGUUGAAACCCGACCAAUAAAUUGCAUUGAAAAAUUAGUUAACCAAUCUAUCUCUAUAUAUCUAUAGUGUUAUUUUUUUUUAUUGUGUGUUCGCAUUGAAUGAAUGUGUUCUAUUGUUCACAAUAACACACAGAGUUGCCCAGAAAGAAGAUCAAGUUCAACAAAUCAACAUCGAUUACCACCAUGAGUCAGAAAGAUUCAUUGUCGAAAUUAAAGAAUUUCUUUCGCAUGGAUAAAAAUUCCAGCGGGAGUAACCGUGAAAAAACCGAUGCAGACUUGUUGCAUGAACUAGAAGUACUGAUUCAACCGCAAGUCGCUGCCCCGCAACGAUGCAAAACACUCAAAGAGCUAUGUGAAUCGGACAAAAUCAGUCGUCUAGAAGAUGCGACCAUCAUUCGGUUAUGGGAGUUGACCAAGGAUUUGAUUACAUCGAUAAAACCGUUGGAACAGCGUCACAUCACCUAUCGUUUUUAUCAAAAAUUGGUACAAUGCCAGUAUGAGGAUUUGUCAGUGAUUCGGCCGCAUUUUUUUCGUGUAAUCAAAGAGAAUGAUAAUUCAGAGGAUGUACAAUGCCAAUUGGAUUUACUGAAAACAUUGACCGAUAAUGGUAAAAAUAUCAAAGAUAUCGACGAUGUUAUCGGUGAAUUCAUUUUGAACCGGUGGCUAGGCAAACUCCAAGAGACAAAACAAGUGAGGGAAAUUUUGGUCAUGGUUCACAAUAUCAUCGUUUAUAAUGCCGCUUAUUUAGAUCCGAGAAUUGUCGACGGAAUCAUAACUUACGCGUGUUUGAUGUGCUGUACACAGGAUGAUAUUGUUUUGCAGUGUUUAGAUAUUUUGGAUGCAAUCCUUUGCUACACCGUACUGCCAAACCGAAUGCUGCCCGAAUGGGUGAAUGCCCUGUGUCGAACUGUGAACCGUGAGAUUUAUGUGCAAAAAUCAUGGGACAUUAUGAAAAAGUUGCUUGGCACAAAAAUGGGCCAUGCCGCACUGCUGUAUAUGUGCAAUCUGCUCAACAAUUCGAGUUAUGUGAAUGAAGAUGCAUUGCUACGCGGUGCGGUCUUUUACAUUAACAUGGGACUAUGGGGCUCCACCUGUUCCAAGGCCAAUGAUCUUUUUAAACAAUCACCAACUUCGGUUUUACAGAGUUUUUUGCUCGCUCUAAAAAGUCAGCGAGUGUUUGUAACAUACGAAGUGAUCAUUGGAAUUCAGCGAUUGAUUCAAGUGUCUGGGCGUGAUUUAAGCGAACCAACUUGGGAUGUUUUAUGUGAAAUUCUACGAACAAUUGCUGAUAAUAUUCAAUACUACGAGAACGAUGGCCUUCCGAAAGAUAGUGUAAUCCAAACUGCAUAUCACGAAGCACUCGGUAAAAUUGAGCAGCUUCUUCAGCGAAAGGAAGCAGCUACUGAUCCACAAACAAUAUACUCAGUGAUUGAAUACGUCUGUGAAAGUCGAUCCGAAGAGUCAAUCAUGCAUCUCAUGGAGUAUAAGGCGACAAAAAUUACUCCCACCCAAACACAAUGGCUGAUUGAAUUGAACAAAUUUAUGAGUCGAUUCUUUAAUAUGCAAAAUUAUAAAAUAAGAGACAGAUCAUUGCACGUGCUCAAGCGUAUCAUGGAUAAUAACAGAUCGGCAUAUGAGGAAGAAAUCUUGGAGAGCAUUGUCAUUCCAACGUUUGCAAACAUUGCACACGAGGCUGAUGCAAAAAUUCGCACGAGUGUCGGUGAGUUACUUCUGAAGUUUGUAGCACAGUGUGAUACAAAGCGAAGCAUUGAAUUGCUUGACAUCAUUGAGAAACUAUUGAAUCGGCCGUUCGUUGAAUCGUCCAUUGAUGAAAAUCGCAUUGUUUUGAAAAACGACGAAGAACUCUCGCACAUCACCAAUAUUAUCGAUGAAUUGAUACGGGUGUUUCUAUCGAAACUCUAUACCCUACCAACGGUACAUGCCAUUAAAAUAUUUUCAAUGUUAAAUGCGCACCUGGAGAAAUAUUACCAAAAACCAAUGUUACUCGAGGCAUCAGUUCAAAUUCGAAGCAGCAUUUUUGCAUGGUUGUUACGAAUUCGAGCCAAUGCCAACUAUUACGUGGGCUAUUUGGAUGAUUUCAAGAGUAAUCGUAUACGGUUCAGUCAUUUCCUUAGUAUCGACGCGAAUGAAAUGAGCUAUCAUCAGGGAAGUCGACAGCAACAAAACCAACCAGCACCUCUAACGCAACAAUCUUCGCAAGAGAACGAAACACAAACCACCAUUUCAAUUAAGCGAAGCUGCAAAAUCAUCAUUGAUUGCUUGAUUACCGAGAACGAUUGGUCCGUUAUGCAACUGGUUUUGAAGGGUUUGCCGUUGAUUUUACAAAAUAAAGCAUUGUUCAGAGGUGUUGACAUGGAAACAUUGGCGACGGCCAUCAUCGGAUUGGUGACAAAGGCACAACACCCAAACACUAAACCACGGAUCGACAUAUUUAUCUCAACAACGCACAAGCCACAGUUGUCCGAUUUCCAAGCACUAGUUAUAAACGGAAUCGCCGCUUUGAUUCCAUAUCAUCAAAAUCUCAGCGUACCAAAUCAAAAUCGAAUGAUCACUUGCUUACGGCCUGGACUUCUUUCGCUGGAAAAUACACCACGCGUUUGUAUUCAAGCGUUCACAGUGAUGCUCAUGGAGAUUUUAGAGUUGAUGCUGCGUCAUUUGGCUGAAAUUCUCUUUGACAUGAGUCGAAUGUCAACAACUUUGAAUGUUGCUGUUCCGGUGUUGGAAUUUUUGUCGACUCUCAGCCGUUUGCCGAGUCGUCUAUUUGCCAAUUUCACAAACACCCAAUACAUGUAUGUGUUUGCAAUAUCAUUGCCAUACACAAAUCCACACAAGUAUGACCAUUACACGGUUUCAUUGGCACAUCACGUAAUUGCUGGGUGGUUUCUCAAAUGUAAGCUGUCAUGGCGAAAGGAUUUUGUGUUAUACAUUUUAAAGGGCUUAACAACGAAUGUGCAAAAGCCAUUCGAAGAAAUGAAGCGUAACGAUUAUGCGCCAAUCAAUGAAGAUUCAUCCAAUCGAAAGAGGAGUUCAAGUUUAACGGAGCGCGGUGCAAAACAACGUGACCAACCAUCACUGCAGAAUUUGCACAUCAAAAAAGAUGAGGCGGCCGAUGAAGUGGCGUACAAUUUCCACAUGGAAUUGGCAGACACAUGCAUUGAUUUCCUGUCUCGGCACACAUAUUCCACAUGCUCAGCCCUGCCGAAGCGAUCACCAAUGGCCGAAUAUUUACUGACAAAUGGUCAUUCGAUGUCUUGGUUAGUCGGUCAUAAUGUGGUCACUAUCACAACGAGUGGAUGCUCAUCGACUGCAGUUCGAAAUGGGCUAUGCGAUCGUUGUAUUUUGGUAUGCAAAUCGGCCAAAUCAACCGAACCGAGUUUAUCGAAUGGUGCCACAUCGCCUGAAGUGAGUUCGUUGAAAUCCAGCGGCAGUGAAUUAUGUCGACGAUAUACCAAAGCCACAUUGCAGCACAACAGUGGCGAGGUUUCGGAGAGUAGUGAGUUUUCAAAUUCAUCAUCGAUGACAACGCCAUUCGGUAUGAAUUCCGAUGCAAACAAAUUUUUCAAGAGCACAACGGGCAGCUUGGAUGCAUUGUCACGUCGUGGCAGCAACCCAGACACAUUGGAUCAUUCAUCGGAAACGGUUAGCAAACAUGGUUCAAUCGGUAGUCAUCCGAUGUAUUUGUCGCCACAGCAGAGCAUUGAGAGAAUAAAGCAAGUGUGCAUUUGUGCUUGUUCGGGAUGGGCAGAGAUUGUUAUCAGACGUCCAACGGGAAAUAUGUCGUGGAUAAUGAAAAUACAGAAUCACAUCGCAUUGGAUUCACUAUCAUGUGAUGUACCGCUUCAAGAUUUAAUAAACAUGUGCACACCAUCGUUGGGUGAAGUUUACAAUUUUCAAGAUCUUUUGAAUGAAGAACCACUUUGGAGUAAUGUCAAUAUCACUAAUGAGCAAAUGGCAACGACUGAAGCGGCAAAGAAGAAGUCGGUCACAUUGGAAACAAACACCACGAAAGCGAUUGAAGUAGCUGAAAAGAAGCCAGAGCCAAUAGCACAAAGUGCUGCAACACAAAAGACCGAAGCUGUACCUAUUCCUUCUGCUAUUGCUACAGAGAGCAACGCAUCAAAUACGCAUCCAUUGAGUGGGCCGAUUAAUAUUCCCAAAUCAGCAAAUACAGAGAAAUUUCCAUCAGGCAGCUUCAGUGAUGCAGAGCCCGAAGACGAUGACGGUAAUGGUGUGGCUUUCGAUGAGAAUGAAUCGCGGUCACGAAAUCCAGUACGUCGUGUUAAUUCAAGCCCAGAAAUGAGCUCGAAUUGGCGCCAUCCAUUCAUUGGACAGAAACCAAAUCAACCGCAAGCGACGGUUGUAAAUUUAACUGCACAUGGAACAGGCGACGAUGAAUUCAGUAUCACUGAUAACGAUCAACAGCAGAAGAAAAAGAACCUACGGCCGAGCUGUGAGGCAAUUCCGGAAGAAAUUAGCGAUGCAACACCACCGAAAGCCAUUCAAAUGGAUCAGCAUAAAUCAAAAGUUGGAGGAACCGUUUCAGUAGUUGCGAGUGGAACAGCAAAGAAUCAACAUCUUGAUUUUAUUGUAAAAUCCAAUUCAGCACAAAACUCUUCGACAUCAUCCUCUUCGUCGACAUCAUCGUCAACUGCAAAAUCAACGCAAAAUUCGUCUGUUGACAGUUUGAUGCCGUUGAAUCAAAGUGCAAUGCCAAGAAAGCAGCAUUCAGCUGACGAUGCAUUGCAGCAACAAGAUCAAGCACAAUCGCGUCAACAGCCACCGAUGAAUGAACCACGGCACAGUUCGUCUGGGUCAGCAAUCAAUAUUGGUGCAUCUUCGGCAACCAAAUUCAAAUUAAAUAUUGAUAUGCCGAAUUUGGCCACAAAACCACCGCAAUCCCAUGCACCACUGUCACCACGUUUGCUGUCACGAAACAACAUCGAAAUAUCACAUUUGAAUAGCUCGGCGAAUUUCAAUGACUUCCAAAGAGGUCGAUCAAAAACCAUAUCAGUCGUGAAUCGGGGUGAACACGACAAUCGUGAUAAUUCGAAAUGGACUUUUAAAGGCACUCGAUCGGUGCUCAGUCCAAAUUCGAUCUUUCUACAGUUAUUCUACACAGGCCCAAACAAAGUAACCGAACAGCCGCUUUUAAUCAAUCCGAAAAACUCCAGAACAAUCGAUAUGAUCAACUAUAUUCCACCAUUUGAAACGCACAAAAUUGGAGUAUUAUACGUUGGCCGUGGUCAAGUUAACAACGAAAUUGAAAUAUUGAGUAAUCGAUAUGGAAGUAUGCGUUACAUGGAUUUUAUUCAGAAUUUGGGCGCUUUGGUCUCGCUGAAAAAUGCCAAGGAUCUGAAUUUAUUCAUUGAUAUGGAGACAGACGGCAGAGAUGGCAAUUUCACAUACAUUUGGCAAGACGAUAUCAUUCAGGUGACAUUCCAUGUUGCAACGCUAAUGCCAAACAAAGAAGAUGAUCCCAACCGAACGGAGAAGAAGAAAAAUAUUGGUAAUGACUACGUAACAAUUGUCUACAAUGAAAGUGGUGAAGAGUAUAAUUUGAAUACGAUCAAGGGUCAAUUCAACUAUGCAUGUGUGAUCAUUGAGCCACUUGAACUGAAUAGCAAUCGCAUAUACGUACGAUGUAAGGAUGAGGUGGCCAAAUUCAUCUGCCAUACAGAGCCAAAAAUUAUAUCCGAUGCAAGUGCCCCGGGCUUUGCCAGACAGUUGGCAUUGCAUGCAAAUUUAGCAUCUUUGGUAGCAAAAUCCCUGGCAACAAAAAAUGCAAGACCAUACGCAUCAAACUGGCUAGAAAGACUCCGCCGGAUCAAACAUCUACGAUCGAAGAUAUUAAAAGAGAACGGAUCAUCGGCUUCAACAGUCAACAAUAAUGCAAAGAACGAGAGAGAAACUGAGGAUUUCACUCAAUAUACAUAAAGCAUAAACGGAGUUUAAGCAAAAUAUCUAUUUUUUAUUUAGUGUAUAAGGAAAUCGAAAUUGGUUCAUAAAUUGCUUACAAAUUAUAUUUGAUACAAUCAUCAUCAUCUAAAA